UACAGCUAAAUUCAAAUAUUAAAUGUUUAAUUUUGGAUAUUUAUACCGAAAUUUACGUUGUAGAUAUCCUUUUACUCCUUUAAAAUCUAAAUUAAACUUUACCACCUUUUCAAACAUGGUUUAGUAAAAUCCUAAACGGAUUUGGAUUAUAAACGUAAAAUAAUAACAAUAUUAUAUAAGUUUGAAAUAAAUAAUGGAUAAUGUUGAGAUCCAAAUCCCAAAGGCAGAAGAGGAGACCCCACCUACACUCGUUUCUUUUUCUCUUCUUUCAUGGUUUGAAAACAAAACCCUUGCUUCUCUUUCUCUUAAAUCCAGUAACCGCAUUCUCUAGUCAUAAGGGCCCUUAUAUUUUUGUGCAAACCCUUCCUUUUUAUAUUUUGUUAUCAAAAGUUUUCUAGUUGAUCUUGGUUGGUUUCUUCUCAACGUUUCUUUGCUUAAGCCCAAAAAUCAAACAAAGUAAAGGAAGAAUCUUUCUGGUCUUGUCCCACAAAAAAGAGAGAAAAUAAAAACUGAUCUAGGUUUUGUUUGGUUGUUCUUGUUUUUGUAUGCUUUUACUUUUAGAGAAAAGGUCUUUACUUUUGUGUAACCAUGGCUUGUUCAUUGAAGAGUGGUUUUAGCUUUUCUGGGUUCGAGUUGGAUGAGAUCACCUCUAACUCUAAAGGGGUUUCUGUGUUUUCUUCUUCUGUUUCUAUGCGACAAUCUAGAGAAGAAAAUUCAAGACCUUUUCCUAUUUUUGCUUCUGAUUUCAUUGGAAAGCCCAUAUCUGUCUCUACUCAGAAGGAUUCAAGAGACUGGAGGGUCAACUCACCUACCCAGUUCUCUGUUCAUGCACAAGCAUCAAUUUGUGUAAGCCGGGCUAUGAGAUGGUGGGAGAAGACCCUUAAGCCUAACAUGAUUGAGAUCCAUUCGGCUCAACAACUUGUUGAUUCCUUGGCUAGUGCUGGUGAUAGAUUGGUUAUUAUAGACUUUUACUCACCUGGUUGCGGAGGUUGCAGAACUCUUCAUCCUAAGAUCUGUCAACUGGCUGAGUUGAAUUCAAAUUCAAUAUUUCUUAAGGUCAACUAUGACGAGCUCAAACCUAUGUGUCAUGCCCUCCAUAUUCAUGUUUUACCAUUCUUUAGAUUCUAUAGAGGAGCAGAUGGUCGUGUGUGUAGCUUCAGCUGCACCAAUGCAACGAUAAAGAAAUUCAAAGAUGCAUUGACUAAGCAUGGAAACGAUCGUUGUAGCCUUGGGCCAGCAAAAGGGUUAGAUGAAAGUGAACUUUUGAAAUUGGCUACCAUUGGAGAAAUAACUAUAAACUCGCCAUUAUCAUCUGCCAUAAUGAAAGAAAGAAUGGAGGAUUUAGUCAUGGGAAACAUUGACUUUUCUGAUGUUUGGAACAAUCCAGAUAACAAGAAAGAAGAGUUUGCAGUAUAGCAUUUCAUAAAAUUUCUCUUAGGCUUUUCGGAAAUUAGUAAUGGAGUAAAGAUGCUCCAUUAUCACUAUUAUUAUAUUUUUUUUUCCUUUACUACUAUUAUUAGUAUUAGUUUGCAAUUUUUUUUCUUGUAUAUAUUUAUUCUUGGGAUUUCCCUAAGCAGGUCAUUUGGUUUUU